AUGGCUCAUGCUCCUCACAAUGUGGUGACAGUAGAUAAAAGUCAGAGAAUUGCCCAACUUAUUUUGUUGCCGCUGGUAGAACAGAAAAAAGUCAGGACGAAUAAGANUAUUUUGUUGCCGCUGGUAGAACAGGGAAAAGUCAGGACGAAUAAGGCUCGCGGGUCCCAGGGUUUCGGAUCUUCUGAUGCUUACUGGGUACAGCCCAUUAAGAAAGAUCGGCCGGAGAUGACACUUUGGAUCAAUGAGAAGGCUUUUAGGGGUAUACUAGAUACUGGGGCGGAUGUCUCAGUUAUUUCCUUGAAACAUUGGCCUGCCAACUGGCCUAUUCAACCAGCAAUGACCGACCUGCAAGGUAUCGGUCAAAGUCGGACUCCGAAGAUUAGUUCGGCGGUCUUAAGCUGGCGAGAUGAUGAGGGACAUCAAGGAGAGUUUCAGCCCUAUGUCUUAUCUGACUUACCUGUGAAUCUGUGGGGGAGGGAUGUCAUGAAGCACAUGGGGGUGUAUAUACACAGCUCGAGUCCGGCAGUUACGCAGCAGCUACUCGACCAGGGGCUCCUCCCCGCUCAAGGAUUAGGAAGAGAAGGGCAGGGCAUUACUGAACCCUUACAAUCCCUGCCCCGACCAGGCCGCGCUGGCCUGGUAUUUUUAGGAGGGGCCUUUGACUCUCCUGCUACCCAUGCCGAUAAAAUUACCUGGAAGUCAGAUCUUCCUGUAUGGGUAGAUCAAUGGCCCCUGACUACUGAAAAAAUAAAGGCUGCCCAGGAGCUGGUGCAGGAGCAGCUCCAACAGGGCCACAUUGAGCCGUCUAAUUCUCCCUGGAAUUCACCUAUAUUUGUGAUCAAGAAGAAGUCAGGGAAAUGGAGAUUACUCCAGGAUCUUAGGAAGGUGAAUGAGACCAUGGAGCUCAUGGGGGCCCUCCAGCCAGGCUUGCCUUCACCUGCGGCCAUACCCCGUGAUACAUAUAAGAUUAUUAUUGACCUGAAAGACUGUUUUUAUACUAUUCCCCUUGAUCCCCGGGACUGUCCACGGUUUGCCUUUAGCGUACCAUCAGUAAAUUUUCAGGAGCCUAUGCAGCGAUAUCACUGGAAAGUGCUGCCUCAGGGAAUGGCCAAUAGCCCGACCCUGUGUCAAAAAUUUGUGGCAACGGCCCUAGCUCGGGUAAGGCGUGAGUACCCAGCAGUGUACGUCUGUCACUACAUGGAUGACAUCCUCAUUGCCGCUCACCAUGAGGGACUGCUCCUCCGGGCAUUUGCGAAAAUGGAAUCUGACUUGCAAAAACAAGGCCUGGUCGUAGCCCCAGAAAAGGUCCAGAGGCAGCCCCCGUUUUCUUAUCUUGGUUUUCAUCUGGAGCCUGACCGAUUUUUCUGUCAGAAAGUUCACCUUCGGCUAGACAAGCUCCAGACCUUGAAUGAUUUUCAAAAGUUGCUGGGGGAUAUCAACUGGAUUAGACCUUAUCUGGGGUUAACUACAGGGGAGCUCAAACCAUUGUUUGACAUUCUCAAGGGGGAUGCAGAUCCUGCAUCCGCUAGACAGCUGACCCCGGAGGGACGUGAAGCCCUUGGGAGGGUGGAGCAAGCUAUCCGCAGGCAGCAGGCAACAUUUUGUGACUAUAGUAGACCUUGGCAGGCCUGCAUUUUGGCCACGGGCCAUUCCCCUACUGCUGUUUUAUGGCAAGACCGGCCACUACGGUGGGUGCACCUCCCUGCUUCCCCUGCCCGGGUCCUUGCCCCUUAUUAUGAACUUGUUGCUGUCCUUAUUCAACAGGCUCGGGAAGAGUCCCGCCGCUACUUUGGCAGGGACCCUGCAAGCAUUCUGGUGCCAUAUACACGAGAACAGGUCACCUGGUUAUUCCAAACUUGUGAUCCCUGGGGAAUAGCCUUGGCUGGCUUUCCUGGAAAAAUUGAUAAUCAUUAUCCCCAAGACAAGCUUCUGCAAUUCUUUCUGAAACAUUCGAUUAUCUUUCCAAGGAUGGUAUCUGCUACUCCACUGCCCGGAGCCGCUACUGUGUUCACUGACGGGUCGUCCUCUGGCAUUGCAGCCUAUGUGCGUGGGCACCAGGUUACACGGUGGGAGACCCCAUAUUCCUCUGCCCAGGAGGUAGAGUUAGCAGCAGUACACCGGGUACUUUUAGAUGUGGCCAAUGAACCUCUAAAUAUUUUCUCUGAUAGUCAAUAUGUAGUCAGAAGCCUCUCUGUUAUUGAGACUGUCCCGUUCAUUGGCACUACUAAUUCCACUGUGCAACAACUGUUUAUAGCCAUCCAAGCUGCCAUCCUGAAUCGUACCCAACAAUGCUACUUUGGGCAUCUUAGGGCCCAUAGCAACUUACCUGGGCCCUUAUCCCAUGGAAACUGCCAAGCUGAUUUGGCCACUAAAGUGUAUUUAGUUGGGGUGCCUGCAGCUCGGGCGGCUCAUGCUCUCCACCAUCAAAAUGCCCAGUCUCUUCGGCUGCAGUUUAACAUUCCCCGAGAGGCCGCCAGACAGAUAGUAAAGGAAUGUCACACAUGUCCUACUUUAACCAGCGUGCCUAGCUAUGGAGUCAAUCCUCGAGGUCUCCUGCCCAAUCAUCUGUGGCAGAUGGAUGUAACACAUGUGCCUAGUUUUGGUAAGCAACGGUAUGUUCAUGUUACUAUUGACACCUACUCAGGGUUUCUUGUUGCCUCUGCCCUCACAGGGGAAUCCAGUUCCCACGUCAUUGCCCAUUGCUUGCGCAGCAUGUCUGUCCUAGGACAGCCCCGGGUUAUUAAAACAGAUAAUGGACCGGGCUACACAGGCAAAAAGUUUCAAGCCUUUUGUAUGCAAUUGGGCAUUCAGAGUAAGACAGGCAUUCCUUAUAACCCUCAAGGACAGGGUAUUGUUGAACGAGCCCAUGGCACGCUAAAAAAUCAAUUGCAAAAAAUUAAAAAGGGGGAGCUGUACCCCUUAAUCCCGCAAAAUCAACUUAACCAUGCUUUAUUUAUUCUUAAUUUCUUAAUUUUGGACGAGAAAGGUCGUUCUGCUGCGCAAAGGUUUUGGCAGCAGGCUGUUCCCCAAGAUAAAGCCAUGGUCAGGUGGAAGGACCCCCUUGAGGGUACGUGGCACGGGCCAGAUCCGGUAUUAAUCUGGGGAAGAGGGCAUGUUUGUGUUUUCCCGCAGGAUGCCGAGACGCCGAGGUGGCUCCCGGAGAGGCUGGUACGACACGCGGCCCAAGACGCUAGAGGAACGGAUGCAGGAGCUAACAAUGAACCCUGAGCGUCAGUCGCGAAGAGCCCGGCGAAGAGCCUGGCGGGCACAACAACGCGCAGAGCAACUCAUCAGAGGGCAAGGCAUGACUGUCA